AUGAAGGUGGUCCAUGGACGUCGACUCGACUCGUCAAACUCGUUCAUGAACGCGGUCCUGCCUUCGAAUUCUACCUUCUUCGCAUUUGACGGGGCCAACUCGGACCUGGCUAGACAGCUGUACCUACGCGCCAAAGUGGCAGGUGACGCAGCGACUCCGUUCAGCAACUUUAGCAUCCCGUCAGCGGUCGAAUAUAGGCUCAAGCAGCUUCGUCUCGACUGGAGUAGAUUGCUAGGGAUCGCCCAACGAGCACUGCUAUGGGACUCUGGGUUUGCUGUGUCCCCAACCAACGAGGCCGUGCAGAUCUGGCCGCUCCAUGAUGUUUCACUCGUUGAGCUUCGGUACGUUGGAUGUCAAGAGCACGCAUGCAUUCAGCCAGAUAGCACGCCCAGUUAUACCAGUCAGCUGUGUACAGGAGAUCAAAUACUGAAGGCAGCCAGGUGUGUCGUGCAAGACUUCAGCGAUACUAGUGACGCACAUACCUCAAUAUGGGUGACUAGGGGGAAAUCAGACGCGAUACCGACGCCGCGAGUCCGGAAACACGCCUGGACAAGUCACUUCGACAACAAUUCCUACGGGGUUUUCGCUGUCCACAUGAUCGACCAGAUCUACGAGCCUGCGUGGAAUGAGUGUGCUCGGGCUGACCAAAACGGCGGCUUUGGAUCUUUGGUCUUGCCUUGUCGCACUACAGCAAACAUAUCUCUGGAGAUUAAGACCGGAAUGCAGCAGGUUCAAGGCAGCCCUUGGGUCUCGCGAUGGCUGGCCGAGGAUUUCGGAACGACGUCCGGGGCGACAAACGACUCGAAGUUGGUGUCUCCUGCGGCAGUUGCUGCUGGAAUUUGCGUUCUCGUUGGGGUGGUUGGUCUCGCGUUGUUUGUCAACAAGAAGCAAUACAAAAAGAACGAUCGUGAAGCAGUCGUCCCAACCCCCAAGGUGCACAAUGGCAGCUCAAAUGCUGGUCCCAACAACGACACCACGAGCCCGGAACAACUCACUGACGUGCCAACGGAAGACACGGACACCGAGCGGGUGAUCGAGUCGUGUCCACGCGUCAACACCCCCGCUCGGCAAAUGGAAAGUGAAUGCGCAUCUGACUCGAACGUGGUGGUGGAGACACUUUUCAAUAGUGUAUCGUUGAUAGGACGACGAAUCCCGUACGACAGCCUCACCUUCGAACGAUCAUUGUCGACUAGAGGUGCCAGAGAGGUAUGGCUCGGCACGUACCGAGGUCAACAAGUUGUGAUCAAGAAGCUGCUGGAGACUGACUCACCAACCUCUAACGACCCCGACCAAUUUGUGAAGGAGAUCGAGCUCAGUGCCAGCUUGACACAUCCUAAUAUCGUGUCGGUCUUCGGUGUAGCAUGGAACAACUCCAACAGCUUGGUCAUGGUGGUCGAGUACUACCCCACAGGAAACCUGCAAGCAUAUUUGGCCAAGAACACCGCGUCACUCUUAGCCAAGGACGUUCUUCGAAUCGCUAUUGGGAUCGGGCUCGCUGUGGAGUACCUGCAUUCACGAUCCCCACCGCUUCUCCAUCGCGGAAUUCGGUCGCGGAAUGUCCUUCUCACGAAGACUUUGAAAGCUAAACUUGUCGGAUUUGGCUUGAGUCGCAGCCCACAGGAGCAUUUAGAGGCGGGGGCCACCAAGACGGAAGUUGUCGAAGGCAAGAGAUACUCAGAACAGGCAGACAUUUACUCGUUCGGCGCGGUGCUAUCGGCACUUGACAGGGGUAUGGCCAUCAAUGAGGCACCGACGACUGGAGAGAAAAACCGCUUCCAGAUCUGGGCAAACGCGAUGUCGAGAAUCCUACGCCCUAGCUUCUCGGACGAAUGCCGUCAGCGAAUUCGCCAGAUCAGCGCGGCAUGCUGUCAAAUUGACCCAGUGCAGCGCCCAACGGCGCCUCAAGUUGUGAAGAUGCUCAAGGGAAUUGUUUAG